AUGCCAUCUGAGCAGACGGAAAGAGAAACCUUCCAGAACCUCUCAUCAAAGAACUGCUCUCCAAAUUAUUUAUGUGAAGAAAGCGAUUUUGAUCAGUCCCGAGAGCCUUCUGAAACGUACAUUACGAUAGGUAUGGACAAGUAUGAAUCAUUUAUACACAUAAAAUCCAAGACAAACGAGUUCAAGAGAGAAUGUGAAAACGAGGACGUCGAUGAAGCGAAUGUGGCGGCACUUGCCUUAUUAUGUUCUUCAGCAGACAAUGGGAUUGCAGUCUACGAAAACAUAAGUAUCGAUGAACGCUACACGUCAAAUCCUUCGGACGAUUCUUCCAGAACUAUAACCUAUCAGCAAGACUCAUACGACAGUAACUUGACAAACCUUGGGGUCUGCGGUACAGAUAACUACGAUUACGCAUCAGGUGCGACUGUAGAUCAAUCCAAUGAAAACACUGCUCUAUACUUCAAUGAUGAAUGA